AUGAGAACAAAUCAGCUCAUCAAAUACACUCUGUUUGUCUCCUGUUACCUCUUCUGGGUGGCCAGUGGGCUUAUGGUAGCAGUCGGGAUUUAUGCCAAACUCUCCAAGGAAGCAACUGACACAGACAGGUCCUUCAGCAACAUUCAACAAACAGCAUUUCACGUGGAUGAAAGAGGGGUUACCCCAUUCCCAAGACUUCUGCAAAGUAACCUAAGAACGGGCCUGGGGCUUAUCAUAGGGAAAGGAACAGCAACAAGGAGGCUGUUGUUGGAGCUGGUCCAGUUUUUCCAUGUGUCCUAUAUCCAUCAUUGGUCUUUUGUAGGGGAGGGGCGGACCAGACUUGCCUCAGGAUUUUUCAGUUCGCUUUGGUUUCACUUUCUGCCAGGUGCUGUGGACUCGCUCCUCGCGGACCCUUCGCUCAUCCUGCUCACUGUGGGGAUCCUCAUGUUUGCUAUCACAUUUGUGGGGUGCACGGGAGCCCUCCGUGACCUCCCUAUGCUUCUGAAAAUUUUUGCCUGGACACUGCUAAUUGUACUGAUCCUCCAGAUUGUGGCUGCUGUUCUGGGAUUCCUCUUCUCUGGCAUGGUGAUGGAGAAGGCAGCAUUUCUUAUGGGGAAAGCUAUCUCCAGUUAUCGGGAUGACCUGGACUUACAGAAUCUCAUUGAUUACAUACAGAAAAAGUUUGAAUGCUGUGGAGUACAUUCCUACAAGGACUGGUCCCAGAACAUUUACUUUGAGUGUCGAGACUCCAACCCCAGCCUGGAGCGCUGUGCUGUGCCUUUCUCCUGCUGCACCCAAGAGGAUAAAGGAACAGUUCUCACAAGCGUUCUCAACACCAUGUGUGGUUAUGGGACCCAGAAUCUGAGACCAUGGAAAGCAGAGAGCCUGAUCUAUACCGAGGGCUGCUUGGAGAAGAUUGUCAGCUGGGGACAAAGAAACCUGCUGCUAGUUGCAGGGCUAGCAAUAGGAUUGUUUGUCCUGGAGGUUCUUGUCUUUUCCCUGGCCAUUAUGCUUAUCUACCAGAUCAACUUCAUCAUACAGAAACGGCAAAGCAUGAGGAGAUGCCCUGAGAAGUAAGACCUGCUCCUAGGAUGAACUCAGAGUGGUCUUUGACACCACGUAGGCUACAGAGAAAAAACUAACUGUAUUGACAAUGCUGUGAAUACCCCAAAGAGGACCGUGACUCAUGCCAAACUGAAUGAAAAGAUACUGUGAAGUGUAUUCUGUGCACAAGACGGAGAUAAGUACACUAAGAGGCCUCUCAUCACCAGCAUCGUCUGAUGGAACAACACUUUCUCUCUCUUCUUCCAUUUUUUUAUCAUAAGGAACUGCACAAAACCAGUCUCUCUCCCAAAUUUUCUGCUGCUUAUUUUCCGCCUACACUAGAGAUCCCUGCAUGUGAGUUCACAGGGCACUGUUUUAGAGGACUGUGGUAACUCUCAGAGGAUUCUUACCUGAAUGGGAGGAUCAGAGUGGAUCAGGGAAGUUCUGAAACCUUUCAAAAGUGACACUCCCUGUAAUAACAACAGGGACAGGAAUGGAGAAGUUUGCCCUAAAGACAUAACCAUUUCCAAUCAGUUAUUUCCCCUAUUUUCCAUGAGGUACCAGCUCUUUAAAACCCCUUCUGCUGAGGCCACCAGCUAGGAUAGCCUUGGAAGGUUUUGUGUCUGAGUUUGGUGUUCAUCUUCAUCUUGAACAUUUUAACUAUACAAAUUACAACCAGGAUUGUCUUAUCAAAGAACAAAACUUUCAGGACUGUAUGUUGUCAUCACCUGUCACAGGCCAGACAGUGCCAUUCUAGUUGCACUUCAACAGAUAUUCCUCACUACUUAUCAGCAGAUCCACAUUUUGUUUUUGUUUUGUUGGUUGUUCUCCAUUUCCUCCUCAAAAAAAUCAGUUUCCUUGCAGUUUUUCAAACUUCUGAAAUAAUCUGAAGUCUGUCGUUGGUGAAGCUGCCAUAGCCUGGAAAGAACUGCUGGUAACUGAGAAUGUGAUUGCUUGACCUGAAGUUUGCUGCUACCUUCAGCUGAGGAAACUUUGAGACACUGGCAUUUUCCUCUUCACUGUACCAUCUAUUCUGUAGAAGUGUAUACCUGAGAGCGAGAAGUUCUUCUGCAGCCUGACAAGCAUGUGGACAAGGAGAGAUCCGUCUGUACAAAAUAAUUCCAUACCACCAGUGAAAAGACAAGAGGCUCCUGACAUUGGAGUCUUAUUGUUAGCUGUUGUGUUGCUUGGCACAUUAAAGUCUUCUUUGUCAACAGGGAAAGUCAUUCUUUGCCCCAGGAUGGUGCUGAUGAUGUUUCUUGUACAAUAUUAAAGUUUCUCUGU